CGGGGCUGUUUGUUCUGGAUUCAGGGGUGAGGAAGAUCUGCGCGCGCUGACAACCGACAGAAGUAGACCCCCUCUAACCCCCUCGUCAACCAACCAACCAACCAAAGGAAGACUGGCCCCUCUCUCCUGCCCACCUCCAGGUCACUACUCCACCCCUCCAUUCUGAGAGAUAUGACACUCCCUCUGGACUAGACCAAGCCUGCACCACAACAGACAAACAUAGAAUCCAGUGGGCUGUGAUGAUGACGUUACUCUUCCUAGAGAAUCCAGUGGGCUGUGAUGAUGACGAUGAUGACGUUACUCUUCCUCCUCCCUCCAGAGAGUCCAGCGUUUUGUGUGAUGGCCUGAGAGGGCUUCCCAGUCUAGCCUGCCUCCUCUCCCGGGUCCAAACUGUCUGACUGGGACUCCCCCCCUCCCCGCCUGCUACGCCCUGCCUCCGUCGCCAUGGGAGACGGCCUGGAGGCGGGCAGCAGCUUAGACCCCGCCCCCCGCACCCUCUCCUGUGACCCCCCGCCCCCUGAGACAUGGAACCCCUCGAGGCCUAAACGACAGACCAACCAGCUACAGUACCUGUUGAAGGUGCUGUUGAAGACGCUGUGGAAACAUAACUUCUCAUGGCCCUUCCAGGCUCCCGUAGAUGCCAUCAAACUCGGCCUGCCUGAUUACUAUCAGAUCAUCAAGGUUCCUAUGGAUAUGGGGACCAUCAAGAAGAGACUGGAGAACAGCUACUAUUGGAACGCCCAGGAAUGUAUACAAGACUUCAACACCAUGUUCACCAACUGUUACAUCUACAACAAGCCUGGUGAUGACAUAGUGUUGAUGGCAGAGGCUCUAGAGAAGAUGUUUCUUCAGAAGAUCUCUGAGAUGCCCCAGGAGGAGACUGAGAUCCCCAUGGUUACCAAGGGGCGGAGGGCGGGGCAGAGAGAAGCAGGUCUCCUGUCUAAGUCUGACUCCGGCCAGGAUUCAUCUCCCUCCUCCACCCCCCACACCCGAGGUUUCUCCUCCCCGUCGCCUGGCCCUCAGACUCGGGGUCUCCCCGUAUCCCAGGGGCCCCCCACCCUCCCCCUUGCCCUCCCCCCUCAGUCCCAGCCCCCUCGCGUUCCCCCCACCCCUCCCUCCCACGCCCCCCAGCUGGGACCCCCCUUCCUCGUCAGCUCUCUGGAUGUCCUGGCCCAGGGCCUCACCUCCGUACCCCACCACCCCCCAGCCCUCCCAGGCCUUCACCCUGCUGCCCCACCCAUUCUUCAGAGCAUCGCACCGCCAGCUAAGCCCCUGACCUUUAACCCCCCCCUGCAGCAGAGGAAGAGCCAGAAGAGGAAGGCUGACACCACCACACCCACCGCCAACGACCAGCUCAGCGAGUCGUCUCCCGUGGCGACAGAGCCCCCCCGCCCCCGCCGUGAGAGCAGCAGCCGCCCGCUGAAGCAGCCCAAACGAGACCCCGCCCAGCCCGACUCCCAGGGGGUCCCUGGGGACGGAGCGUUAACGAGUCACGGCGGGAGCCCCAAGCGCCAGGAGCAGCUGCUGUUCUGUGGCGGUCUUAUCAGAGACAUGAUGUCUAAGAAACACAUUGCGUACGCGUGGCCCUUCUACAAGCCUGUCGACGCGCACGCCCUCGGCCUCCACGACUACCACCACAUCAUCAAACACCCUAUGGACCUCGGAACCGUCAAGGAUAAGAUGGACAACAGGCGGUACAGAGACGCUCAGCACUUUGCUGCUGAUGUCCGGCUGAUGUUCUCCAACUGUUACAAAUACAACCCCCCAGACCAUGACGUGGUCAACAUGGCACGUACUCUACAGGACGUGUUUGAGAUGCGCUUUGCCAAAAUGCCAGACGAGCUUGAGGAGACGGCCCCCCUCCCCUCCCCAGCCCUCAAACCCAUCCCCUCCCCUGCCCUCCACCCUCUCCCCGUCCCCACCCUCCACCCCCUCCCCACCCCCUCGGCCAGACAGCCCCCUGCCCCACGACCCCCCUCCUCCUCCGAUGACAGCUCCUCCUCGUCGGAAUCAGAAUCCUCCGAGGGAGGUUUGGAACACGAGAGAACACAGAGACUGGCUGAACUACAGGAACAGCUCAAAGCUGUUCACGAACAGCUGGCCGCUCUGUCCACGCCCCAGGCCACCAAGCCCAAGAGAAAAGAGAGGGAGAAGAAGAAUAAAGACAAGUACAAGAAGAUAGGAGGGGAGGAGCCACCGGAGAUCCCGCCCCCUGCCAUCCUCCAGCCAAUCAGAAAGAGCAAAAACAGCAAGGAGCCGGUCACCACGCCCAAGAAGAUCAAGAAACCGAGUAAAAAAGAAAUGAUGAAGAACAGUCGGGGCGCCCCACGUCAGACCGGCUCCACCCCCCUUGCCCCCUCAGCCUCGCUGGAGGCAGAAGAUGACACGAGUGUGUUUGUGGGCGGGGCAGCUGACAGGUGUAAGCCAAUGUCCUACGAGGAGAAACGCCAGCUCAGUCUGGACAUCAAUAAACUGCCCGGCGACAAGCUUGGCCGCGUCGUCCACAUCAUCCAAUCACGAGAGCCAUCGCUCAAGAACACCAACCCAGACGAGAUAGAGAUCGACUUUGAGACGCUGAAACCCUCGACGCUCCGAGAGCUGGAGAAAUAUGUCUGGACCAGCCUUAGAAAGAAGAAGAAAUCCCAGCCAGCAGUAGAGAAGGCUCUGGAGGUGACCAGUGUGAUGAAGAUGAAGACAGGAUCUUCAUCAGGCAGCAGUGACUCCUCUGACAGCGACGACACAGGGCUGGCCCCCCAGCAGCAAAAGUCCUCCUCUAGCAAUAUAUACUGUAAGAGACCCCACCAGUCCAGCAGGGGCGGGGUCAGCAUCACUGCCCCUCUGGACCCCUCCUCCCCCCAGACCCCCCUAGUUCAGUCCAAACCCCCCCAGCAGCAGCAUCAACACCCCUUCGCCCCACCUCCUCCUCCCUCCAUCCCCACUGUCCCCGUGACCUCUCUGGAGUCCUCUUUGACCUUUGACCCCCUAGCUCACUUCCUGGCCCCCCAUCUGAGCCAGCAAGUGGGGGAGCCCCGCCGUAAUCGACUGGGGGCCCCUGCCGCCGGACCCCCCCACCUCAACGCUGCCAACACACACACACACCCGGCCACACACACCUCUGAGAGCACACAGCCCUUCCUCAACCAGCAGGCCGUCAUGCCCUCCGUCAUGCUCUCCCCAGCACUCCACAACGCUCUCCCCCAGCAGCCGUCCCGCCCCAGCAACCGAGUGGCCCCCAAACCCCCUCAGCCUCCCCCCUCCUCCGCUCCUCCUCCCCCCCAGCCCUCCCUCCACAUUCCCCAACCCUCCCUCCCUCGCCCUUGUGUCCCCUCUCCCCCCACCCCCCACGGAAUCCUGGGGGUCUCGGCCCAACCCCCUCAAGCCCUAUUUGAGGACGACGAGGAGGCGGUGCCCACUAACUCUGAAACCCCUCCCCUCCCGCUCAGCCAGGUGCACAUGUACCUGCAGUCGUCUCGGCCCCCGGCACACAUACACCCCCACACACAGUCUCCUGUGCGGGUCCAGUCUCAGCUCAUGUCCCGGCCCCCGGCCCACACACAGUCUCCUGUGCGGGUCCAGUCUCAGCUCAUGUCCCGGCCCCCGGCCCAAACACAGUCUCCUGUGCGGGUCCAGUCUCAGCUCAUGUCCCGGCCCCCGGCCCACACACAGUCACCUUUGCGGGUCCAGUCUCAGCUCAUGUCCCGGCCCCCGGCCCACACACAGUCUCCUGAGCGGGUCCAGUCUCAGAUCAUGUCCCGGGCCUCGGCCCAAACACAGUCUCCUGGGCGGGUCCAGUCUCAGCUCAUGUCCCGGCCCUCGGCCCAAACACAGUCUCCUGUGCGGGUCCAGUCUCAGCUCAUGUCCCGGACCCCGGUCCACACACAGUCUCCUGGGCGGGUCCAGUCUCAGCUCAUGCAGGCCAUGCAGACUCAGUCACAGGCAGCGGCCGCUCCAACCCAGCAACAGCAGAGGCUCGCAACACAUCCUCACUCACACCCUCACUCACAUCCUCACUCACACCCUCACUCACACAUGCAGCAGGCGGGACAGGGGAUGUCGUUCCCCCAGCAACAGAGCACCAUGCACCCGGCACAGAAAGGGCUCAAGCAGAUACUACAUCCACAACCAUCACCACGGAUCAAAACUGAGCCUUUCAAUACAGGUCCUCGUAGGGAGAGCCCCUCCCCUCUGAUGAUACAUUCUCCCCUGAUGCCUCAGUUCCCACCAAUGAGACAGUCCCCUUCCCAGCCCAAGAAACCUAACCAGAGGGUGAAAGAGGAGAAGCCGCUCCCCUCCCCGGUGCUGCCCCCCUCCCCCUUCAGCCCCGCCCAGCGACACCACAAACCACAAGACAACAAACACACACACAGAUCAGAUGUGAAGCUAUUGGACGGUUCCCAUCCUGGGCUCCGCCUCCCGGACUCCCUGGCCCCUCCCCCUUCCCAUCAGGACAGCAAACUGAAGCAGGAGGCUAAAACACCCAUCACUGCCAAGAAGACACAGGAUGUGAAGUUAAAGAACAUGGGUUCUUGGGCCAGCUUGGCCCAGCGUUUUCAGUCCACCCCCGCCUCCGCUGUCCGCUCGUCUAGCGACAGCUUCGAACAGUUCCGUCGCGCCGCCCGAGAGAAGGAGAGAGAGAAACAGAUAAAAGCACAGGCCGAGCAGGCCAGGAGAGAGCAGGAGAAACUACGUAGCCGUGACGACGAGGACUCUGUGGAGCAGCAGGGGAGGGGGCGUGUCCAGGAGGACUCUCGUCGUCGCCAGGAGCAACUUUCGCCUCAAGCCCCCACGCCCCCCGCCUCAACCCCUCCCGCCGACUCCCCACAGGCCCCUCCCACUCAACAGGCCACACCUCCACCCUCGGCCGCAGCACAGAACGCUAUGGACCAGCAGAGGGAGCAGGCGAGACGCCGCGAGCAGGAAAGGAGGAGGAGAGAGGCGAUGGCGGACACCAUUGACAUCAACUUCCAGAGCGACCUGAUGGCCAUCUUUGAAGAGAACCUGUUCUGAGAGAGAGAUAUUGAGAAAGGAGGAAAGGGAGAGAAAGAGAUAUGAACUCUACCUUGUCCCACCAUGGCUGGGAUUUCACACACAACACCCCCCCUUCCUCCCUCUCUUUGAUUAGAGACCUCAGAGUUCCAGAGACUUGAAGGAGACUGAGGUGAGGUACAGUAAUAAGGUGGAGCCCCCCCGGGGGGGCCGGGAGUACAACUUCCACUUUUUUGCAAUUUCAGAUGCGUUUUUUGUGUCUAACUGCCCGUUUAUCGUUGAUGAUUGGUUGUUGCCGUGGGCAAUGGUGAAACCGGAUACCUAUCGAUAAACAGAUAUUUGAACUCCUCUUGUAUUCUGAAACGAAACCGAGGGAGGAGGGGAGGACUGAGAACUAUUACCUGAAAAUAAAGAAGAAGAAGAAAGAGGGUUUAAUGUAGAAAGAAGAAGAAGAUGAACACCUGACGAGAGAGAGGGAGGGAGGGGCGGGCGAACGAGACGACGGACAGACUUCUUUCUCUUUGAUUCAUUUCUCUCAAUCUAGUAUUUUUCUCUCCCUGUUUUUUGAUGUUGGGUUUUAAGCGGGGUGGGUGAGGGGUUGUGGUUAGGGAGGAGAUGGGGAGGGAGAAGUGGGCGGGCUGUGUGUGUUAUCAUGUUUGUGUCCCAAAAGGGCACCCUAUUCCCUUCAUAAAGUGCACUACUUGUGUCCAGGGCCCAUGGGGAUCUGAUCAAAAGUGGUGCACUAUAUAGGGAGUAGGGUGCCCUUUGGGACGUUUCCCCUGAGAUGGGUUCAGUUUCUCUCCGGACAGCAGGAUGAACACCGGGGUCACACCCCAACACUAUAAAGAAGCACCCUUCCUUCUCACUCUCCUUGUUCUUUGUGACGUCACUGACUUGACACAACUUGAAAAUGUAAAAGCUUGAACUCCAUUUUUUCAGUCAUGUCUGAUUCAUUGAUUAUUUCAAGAAAGGAGGCAGAGAGGGAAGAAAGGAGGGAAAACGAGGAAGGGUGAGUGAAGAAAGGAGGGAGAGAGGGAAAUCGAGGAAGGAUGAGUGAAGAAAGGAGGCGGAGAGGGAAGAAAGGAGGGAAAAUGAGGAAGGAUGAGUGAAGAAAAGAGGGAAAGAGAGGAAGGAAGAGAGAGAGGGAGGGAGGGGUACAUUUUAAAGGUGUUGGAAUGUGGCUCUUGCCUUACAGCUCUGACCUGUAAAUGAACACAAGCCACAGAUUAUACAUAUAUAUAUAUUAAUAGAUGCAUAAAUAUAUAUUAUAUAUGAUGAAAAGUCCCUAAAAAUAAUUGGAUUAUGUUGUUGGGAGGGAGAAUGGCUUAUCUGCCUUGUGCUCAAUUCCCUUUUGGUUUUUUAGAGAAUUGACUAAAAAAACAACUUUUUUAUGAUGCUAUAAAAAAUAGUUUUGUCUAGUUCAUAACCACCUUUCUCAUCCUGUUUUUCUCUGUAUCAAGUUCAGAUAUUCAAGAGUUUAAAGGCCUCUGUUUUUAUUUAAAUAUCAAAUAAUUUCUGGGUAACAAUUAGGUACGUUACUGUGAUUGUUUUCAGUUGAAAUGGCCAAAAAAUAAACAAAAAUAGAUUCUUAGCAAAGAGCAAUUUCUCAAGCAAGUAUUUUGCUAGGACUGUCUGGGAGUGGUCUGAGUGGGGAGGGGAAACUGAAAAGUAGCUGUUAUUGUUAGAGAGAUUUGGAACUCUUUCUUAUUGGUCUAUCAACACAUUUUCCGCCUGGGGAUGUCACCAGGCAGGCCAAAACUCCAUCCCACCAAAACAGGCAAAUUUUCUUUU